AUGGAAGAUCCCUGGGAAGGAGGAAGGAGCGGCGGCCAUGGAGACCCGCCCUACGGCGCAGCAGGUCAAGGUGCACUGCGGAUGGCAGAAGGGAGGGCAAACGCCUCGCACGAUCUGGGUUUGGGAAAUGCUGGUUCGAGUGCGUCUUUCUCAGGUGGGGAGGCAGAGGGAGGAUACUCCCAAAGUCGACAGACGGAUGUUUUCUUCCCAGAUGACGAAGAGAGCGGAGAGCGUGGAGAUGAGGGUGACCAGAGCCCUGUAGACCAAGAUGCCUGCUGGGCUGUUGUCAGCUCCUUUUUCCAUUCUCACGGUCUUGUUAAUCAGCAGUUGGAGAGUUUUAACGAUUUCGUGUCUUACAAAAUCCAAGAAAUCAUCGACGAGCACCCUCCGAUCGAAAUCAAACCGACUCCCCAGUACCGACCCGAAGAGGAAGUGGAGAGCAACGUCAUCUACCGCCUGAAGAUGGACCAGCUUUCUCUGAAUCGGCCAAGCGUCGAAGAGAAGGAAGGUAUUUCGAAGCACCUGUGGCCGUACGAGGCACGCACUCGAAACCUAACGUACUCCAGUCCUCUCUACGUUGACGUGGAGCAAACGACGUACACAGUCGACCCGGAAACUGGGGUUGAGCGUCUGGUGGACCAAGUGACGUACAGUCGCGUGCUCUUGGGGCGAAUCCCCAUGAUGCUCAAAUCGGCGUACUGCUGGACAAAGGAUCUGCCGGAGCACGACUUGGCGGAUGUGGGCGAGUGCGCGUACGACCAGGGCGGCUACUUCAUCAUCAAUGGAGGCGAAAAGGUUCUUGUGGCGCAAGAACGCAUGGCGUCGAACUUUGUCUACGUCUUCCAGAAGAAGCAGCCGUCGAAAUUCGGCUGGGUCGCCGAAGUCCGGAGUCAGAAAGAGGGCAUGCAGGCGACGAGUGGUUUCGCAGUAAAGAAGCGCAGUCGGACGGGCGAAGGUCGGGGCGCGAAGGGCGGCCGCCCAGGAGGGCAAAUCGUCGCUGCGCUCCCGUACAUUCGAACCGAAAUUCCGAUUGUCAUUCUCUUCCGAGCCCUCGGAUGCAUUUCGGAUCGCGACAUUCUUCUGCGCGUGGCGUACGACUUGAAAGAUCCGCAGUUGAUCUCUCUGAUGAAGCCUUCGUUGGAGGAAGGCUUCGACUACGGCUCACAAGACGUCUGCCUCGACUUCAUCGGCAAACGUGGGCCGACCGUGGGGGCGCAAAGGGAGAAGCGCAUUCAGUACGCGCGGGAGCUGCUGCGGAAAGAAGUCCUCCCGCACGUCGGAACGGAGGCGGGCUGCGAGAACAAGAAGGCCUUCUUCAUCGGCUACAUGGUGCAUCGCCUUCUGCUGGCAGAUCUCGGUCGAAUCAACCAAGACGAUCGUGACCACUUCGGGAAGAAGCGACUCGACAUGGCUGGGCCUCUCAUUGCGGCCAGCUUCGGCACUCUGUAUCGAAAAAUGAUCAAGGACGUCCGGCGCAUUCUUCAGAGACAGGUCGACCACGGCAAGUCGUUCGACGUCGCCGGCGCGAUUCGCAGCGCGUCCCAGAUCACGCAAGGCCUUCAGUACCAGAUCGCGACUGGAAACUGGGGGAAAGACAAGGAGGGGAAGAUCGUGCGAACCGGCGUGGCCCAGGUGUUGAAUCGUCUUACCUUUGCCUCUGCGCUUUCGCACCUGAGGAGACUCAAUACGCCGCUCGGCCGGGAAGGGAAAAUGGCGAAACCUAGGCAGCUCCACAACACGCACUGGGGCAUGAUUUGCCCCGCGGAGACACCCGAAGGCCAGGCUGUCGGCCUCGUCAAAAACCUCGCUCUCAUGUCAGACAUCAGUGUCGGCAGUGCUACCAACACAGUCCAUGAAUUUCUUGUGGAGUGGGGCCUCGACCCUUUGGAAGAAAUGACCCCAGACGUGAUCAAGGAGCGCGUCAAAGUUUUCGUCAAUGGAAGCUGGGUCGGUUGCUUCGACGAGGCCGACGUCCUGUGCCAAACGCUCCGCCAACUCCGACGCCGUUGCGAUAUAUCGAGCGAGACGUCCAUUGUUCGGGAUCUCGUCAACAGGGAAGUGAAGAUCUUCACAGAUGCAGGACGGGCAAUGCGACCGCUCUUCGUCGUCGAUGAGGGAACCCGGGAUCUGGUGAUGAAGCGCGGCCACCUGGAAGAGCUGCAGCGCCGCGGGAAGGACGAGAAGUCUUGGGGCUAUCUCAUGGAGAAAGGCAUCAUUGAAUUUGUCGACUGCGAAGAAGAGGAGACGUGCAUGAUUGCCAUGUUCGUCGAGGACAUUCGCAGCGAGAAGAGACUCGCCUUCCCGUACACACACUGCGAGAUUCACCCGUCUCUGAUCUUGGGCGUCUGCGCCAGCAUUAUUCCGUUUCCAGACCACAACCAGUCUCCGCGUAACGUUUACCAAUCUGCCAUGGGAAAGCAAGCCAUGGGCGUGUACACGUCGUCCUUUAACCACCGGAUGGAUACGCUCGCGCACCUGCUGUACUAUCCGCAGAAGCCCCUGGUGUGUACUCGGGCCAUGGAGUUUCUGCGCUUCCGGGAACUUCCCGCGGGCAUCAACGCCAUCGUGGCCAUUCUCUGCUACUCGGGGUACAACCAAGAAGAUAGUCUCAUCAUGUCGCAGUCGAGCAUCGAUCGGGGACUGUUCAGAUCCGUCUUCUACCGGACCUACUGCAGCGAAGAAAGGCAGCAGGGGAGCCUGAUGGUUGAGAGCUUCGAGCCGCCCAGCAUUGAGCACGUCCAAGGCAUGAAACGCGGAGACUACUCCAAGCUCGACGCAGAUGGACUGGUAGAACCAGGCAGCCGCGUGCUGGGAGAUGACGUGAUCAUUGGAAAGACUUCCCCGAUCUUUGACGACGACGCAGGCAUGCCUGGCGCGGCAGCUGGGAUCGCGGGGGUACCGUCCCCCUUUGCAAAACGCAAGCGCGACUGUUCGUUGUGUCUGCGAUCUUCCGAAACAGGCGUUGUGGAUCAAGUCAUGCUGUCGGUGAACAGCCGGGGCAGCAGAUUUACCAAGGUCAAAGUGCGGAGUGUUCGCAUUCCCCAGACAGGAGACAAAUUUGCUUCCCGACACGGCCAGAAGGGAACGAUUGGCAUUACCUACCGGACAGAAGACAUGCCGUUCAACGAGGAGGGCAUCACGCCAGACCUCAUCAUGAAUCCCCACGCCGUUCCAUCUCGUAUGACAAUUGGGCACUUGGUCGAGUGUCUUUUGGGGAAGACAGCAGCCAUUUUCGGUGGCGAAGGUGACGCAACUCCGUUCAACGGCUACGCGGUGCUGGAUAUUUCGAAUCGGCUUCACUCGUUGGGUUAUGAACGGUUUGGCAACGAACGGCUGUACCAUGGCCACACGGGGCGUCACCUCCCAUCCCUUGUUUUUUUCGGCCCGACGUACUAUCAGCGCCUGAAGCAUAUGGUGGACGAUAAGAUCCAUGCAAGAGCUCGAGGACCCGUAACGAUGCUCACACGCCAGCCUAUGGAAGGAAAAAGCAGAGAGGGUGGUCUGCGAUUCGGAGAAAUGGAGCGAGAUUGCAUGAUCAGCCACGGUGCUGCCCAUAUGUUAAAAGAAAGGCUGUUUGAGCAAAGUGACGCCUACAGGGUUCAUGUGUGUGAUAUCUGUGGCUUGGUCUGCACGGCGGAUCUGUCCAGAGGCAACUUCGAAUGCAAACUGUGUGACAACAAGUCGAGAAUAUCUCAAAUAUGCAUCCCAUACGCUUGCAAACUUCUUCUCCAGGAACUUAUGACAAUGUGUAUCUAUCCAAGGCUGGUUCUCCAAGUCGCUUAG